CUUGUCAGCCCCGGGCUUUUCACCUUCCACUUAUGUUCACGACCUUCCCAAACUGCGAGAAUUGACUUGUUGCAGUCACUGUGACAGCAGAGUCCUUGCAUACACCACCCCCAGACGCCAUGUCUGACAGAUGCCACGGCUUCCUCCUGCCCUGAUCCGCCAGGCGACCUCCCAAAAUCCACUCCUCCCUCUGCUCCUUCGAGUAUGUCGCGACCUCCCCUCAGCUCGCAACGAGCUUCGGUGGCUUGAAGAACACGCUCGUAGUCUCGUCAAUACACAGACAUUUGCUAGCCACAAGGCUGUGGACUCUCAUGGACUACCCAGGUUGGAUCCGAGCGAAGAGACGGGCUCUGUCGACUGGCAGACUGUAAAACUUGAUACAAAGAUCGAGGAUUGCCAUGGACCUUUGAACCAGACACAACAGGGCGUUCCCAUUACUAAAGCCAUUGAUGGACGAGGAUCCAGGAAAGUCGCUGCAGUUCCUACAGGAUCUAUCAUUUCUUCGUCGACGGCUCAAGCGCAAUCCGUUCGAAUUCGAAAACACGACGUGGGAGGAACCGCCCACAUAACCGCAGAACAGCGAAAGCUCACGGUGCGCAAAGUCAAAGUCCAAACUGACCGCACACGAAUUCGGACUUACAGCGUCGGCGAAGUCUCUACCCUGAAAGCAGAAGGUGCAGGGCCCAGUAUUCGCCAGGUUCGAACGCGGAAUGACCAGAGCAUUGUUCACGCCCCUACACCAGCCAAGAUCAGGUCAUGGCAUGAUGAGGGUGUCCGUGAGCCAGGUUUGUGGCCUCCCUCGAGCGAGGAUUUGAUCAGGAGUGAGACAGCCGAGCAUGCGCAGGUGAAGAAGAUUCUGGCCCAGAAUGUGGGCAAGAGAUCCAAGGGUAUGCCACUCCAGUACAUCAUCGGCAACCAGCCUUUUGGCAACCUCGACAUACUAUGCCAGCCCCGUGUCUUAAUACCCAGGCCAGAGACAGAGACGUACACUGAAAAGGUUGGCAACCUGCUAUUGUCCGCGCUUUCCUCCACAUAUCCCUCGACGGGUUCAGGGCCGCAGAGCCGCAAGAAGUUCCGGAUCUUGGAUCUCUGUACAGGAACCGGAUGCAUAGCACUGCUUCUCCACUCGAUCCUCAAGCCUCCUGGACAUGUCUCAGGCAACGACUCGGCCGCCAUAUCUCCAAAUAUGAGUAUUGAAAUCCUCGGCAUUGACAACAGCCCGGAUGCCGUUUCCCUGGCCCAAAAGAAUCUGGCACACAACAUCUCACAGAAGUUGCUGCAUCCGGAUGCCGUCAACGAUGUCUCCUUCCGGAAUGUAGAUGUUCUGGGUUUGGCGAAGCGAGCCGGCGACGGCGAGGAUACGCAGCACCAGAUUCGCAAGGUUCUCAACGGCGCGGCCGGUGACGUCGGCGAACAAUCGAAGGAGGAGGAUAGUUCCUCGCCAACUGCGCCGUGGGACGUGAUCAUCGCCAAUCCUCCGUACAUUGGCCCCAAGGACUACGAGCCUGGCGGAAGGACAGAGCCGAGCGUGCGUAACUACGAGCCCAAGGAGGCGCUUGUUCCCACCUUUGCUCGAGGUGAAGACUGGUACCGCUAUCGAUCCUCUUCGAUCGUCCUGGCCGACCUGUUUUAUUGGCCGCUGGUGCGCAUCGCCAGAGCCGUCGACGCCAAACUCCUACUUAUGGAGGUGGGCGACUCGGAACAGGCGUCUCGCGUGUGCAAGCAGGUGUUACGCCACUACAGCUCGCCCACGGCUCGGAGGCAGCUCACGCCGCGGCUCGAAACUUGGAGGGAUGACGGCUCUGUGAGGAUCGUCCCCACCCGACCGUCUCCAAGCUUCGACGCCGAUUUCGAAGAGGCGACCGACCCAACCGUCGCGGACCGGGCGGUCGUCGUGUGGACGAAUCAGAUGGCCGACUGGCGCCGCGACACUCUCCCUACUUCCAACCCCGAACUUGACAGGACACCUACCUGAACACGCAGGAUGGAAAGGCAAGCCGCCCUGAACGCGGAAACCUGACGAGCGAGAAGGAAGGUAGAAGAGGCUGGACGAAUCCAAAAGGGAGACUUGGGCCUGAGACCUUGGCCAGGAAGAGAAAUGAUGGUCCCGGGUGAACAAUUCUACAGUAAAGGAAUAUAUAACUCUGAAUGUUGGAUGGAACUGUACCACUCUGAUGUUUCAUGAUCCCAAAUUUGGCCUCCGGGCCCUAUCUACUGCUCUAGAAACCUAGUCAACUGCGCAACCACCUCAUGGUGGUCUCCCGAUCGAGCCAGCAUCAGC